AUGAAGAUUCUCGCUCUUCUUCUCGCCAUUUUCGUCGUCGUCUUUGCGAGACCCGGCGGAUACGGUAGACCUGGAGGCGACUUCGGCGGAGGAGGUUCGUUUUGGAAUCGGUUUUCAAAGUAUAAAGUAUGUUGAUUCAGGUUACGGAGCACCCGGAGGUGGUUACAACAACGGAGGAGGCUACAACGGCGGCGGCGGAUACAGCAACGGAGGCUUCCAGGGCGGACCCGACGGAUUCAACCAGGGAGGAUUCAAUCAGGGAGGAUUCAACCAGGGAGGAUUCGGAGGAGUUUGA